GGCGGUGGCGGCGCCAUGCGGCGGGCCGGGAAGCGGACCGCUGCCACAUGUGCACCGCCCCUCACGCUGUGUGCUGCCGCCUAGCUCACGCUGCCAUUAUCUCCACGUGUUUCUGCCCUCACGUCCAUAGCGCCACAUUAUUUUGUCCAUUAUCAAGUCGUGAGCCGUGCGUGGCGCCGUGAGCGUGUGCAUCUUGAAGGGACGUGCGGCAGCUAGGGGCACGGGGCUGCUGCUGCUGCUGGGAGGGAAGGACCUACGUGAGGCGCCGUGUGAAAGUGUCGUGGUGGUCCUGGCUCACAGCAUGUGUUGACGCACACAAACAUAUGGCCCAGCGGAGGAGUGACUGUCUGCUUACCUCACCCUCGUGCGUACAGUGUCGCGUCCAGCUGUGUCUUGCCAGCUGAGUAUGUUCCCGAACGGCUACCCCAGCGGGUACCCGCCGGCGGCGGCACCCAUGCCCAACGGCGGCGGCUACUAUGUGUUUCAGCCAGUGGCCCCCCGUCAACCCACACCACACACACCACCAGGGCAGUAUCAUCCUACCCAAAUAGCCCCAGGUCACCCACCAGCCCCCUACCAGCCCAUACAUUACCAAACCAAUCAGGGAGGUAAGCACGAACCUCCCUCCACCAUCCAGUACCGGCAGCCUCAUGGAGUGUUUUACCCUCCUGCUUCACAACCCCAGCUGAAGACCACCGUGAAUCAGGCACCUCAAAGGGAGAAGAAAACACUUGCCAUUGUGGAUCCCAACACUGGCAAGAAUAUUCUUGAUGACAUGAAUAAUGAAAAGCCCGACAGGACCCCAACACCGCCUCAGUCAUCAGAAUCAAGUGCAAGAAAUACUCCUGCCCCAAGUGGAACACCACCUUCCAAGACAGAAUCUGCUGCAAUAGCUGCCAAGUUUGCAGAGGAAGUGGCUAAAAAAGCGGCAGAAAAGGACAUUGACAUGGAAACUUCAGAACCAGUGAGGACUAACAAACAAAGUGACUCUAGCUCUAGUACGGUUAUAGUUAGUGAUAGUAGAGAAAGUAAAGAAAAAUUAAACAAUAGUAUAGGAAAUAAGCCAGAACCAGUGAACAUCAGUUUAGUGGACAGUGCUCUUGGAAAAGUAGUUCCUGAUGCAGUGGAGGCCAUCAGUGCUCAGGCCAAACAGCAGCAGCAACAGGACUCGCCGCAGCAAAUUCAGUUGCAACAAUAUCCUCAGCAGGUGCCUCAGUUGCAGCCGUCACACCUGACCCAACAGGUGCCCCCACAGUCAUUGCAGCCAUCUAUACAACUGACACAGUCUUUACAGCAGUUAUCACAGCCAAAUGUACCACAGUUGUCACAGCCAACAGUGCAACCAUUACCACAGCCAGCUGUGCACCAGCUGCCACAGCCAGCUGUACCGCAGUUGUCACAGGCAUCUGUACAGCAGCUGCCACAGGCAUCUGUUCAGCAGUUGCCACAGGCUGCUGUUCAGCAGUUGCCACAGGCUGCUGUUCAGCAGUUGCCACAGGCUGCUGUUCAGCAGUUGCCACAGGCUGCUGUUCAGCAGUUGCCACAGGCUGCUGUUCAACAGCUGCCACAGGCUGCUGUUCAGCAGUUGCCACAGGCUGCUGUUCAAUUGUCACAGCCAACUGUUCAACAGUUGCCACAGGCAGCUGUUCACCAGUUGUCACAACCUUCUCAACAGCAAAUGCAGCAUUUACCACAAGGGACACAAGUGGUACCACAGCUGCCACAGCAGUUGUCUCAGCAAGUGCCACUGCAACCCCCACCAAAACAAAAAUCACCAGUUCCUCAGCAUCCUCAGCAACCCCAGUCACAACAAAAACAACAGCAGCAGCAGCAACAACAACAACAACAGCAGCAGCAGCAACAACAGCAGCAGCAACCACAGCAGCAGCAACCACAGCAACAGCAACCACAGCAACAGCAACCACCACAGCCUCCUCAGCCAGCACAGCAGCCAAAACAACCAGAACAGCAGUUGCCACAACCACCCACUGAAACUGCAUCUCCUCAACCUCCAUCACAACAGCUACAACAACCUCAGUUGCAGCAAACACAGAAGCAUUUAGAACCUUCACCAAAGACAGAGCCUGCUACCAAACUGCAGGUUACCACACCGUCUGAGGUCAGGGAACCUUCACCUCCAGCAAAACCAGAGUCACAGUUGCCUGUGAAGCAGCAUAAUCCAAAACCAACUGUUGUGCCUACGCCAUUGCCGAAAGAGAAGGAACCUACACCAGAGAUCCAACCAACUCAAAGCAAACGUCCGAAGGGCCCUCGUGAAGAACCUGCCCCACCACCACAGGACACCGUUGAUGACGGUGCUGCCCAGACCCAACAACCACAAGUUGCAGUGCAGCCACAGAAGACAGCUCCACACACUGUCCAACAGCCUGUUCACAAAUAUGCUGUCCAAGUGCAGAAUACCAAAGAAAAGGAAAAGAAAGAAAAGACUCCAGAACCACAAGUCCAGGCUAAACCUCAGCCACCUCCAGCACUUAAGACCUCCCCCUCUCCACCACCUGUCAAGGAGCCUGUCCCUCCUGUGGCUCCCUCAGCCACCAACAGCGACGAGAAAGAGAAUGAACCAGAACCAAAGGAGAAGGAAGUCAACAAUGUAGAAUGUGAAGUCAACAAUGUCCAUGAAGAGAAGGAGGAGGCUGCAGUGGAUGAAGAGGAGACAGAUGAUCAAGAAAAGAAGGAAGAUGGACCACAGUUAAAAUACAGUUAUAAAGAGGAUCAGUGGAGUCCUGUAAAUCCAGAUGGAAAGCGUCAAUAUGACAGGAGAUUUCUAUUGGAGCUUCAAAACAAUCCCCUUUCCCUAAAGAAGCCUGAAUCUCUGCCUAACUUGGAGGUGGUGCGAGAUGGGCCUGGACGGCCCAAGACCUUCGACCCACGGGGUUCCAUGGCACAUGCUGGGAAUGGUCCCGACUUCAUCCCUGAUUACGUCAAGUCAAGUCUGGGGAAUAAGCAACCAAGAGCAGUUGGUCGUAACAGUCAGCAGCGACCACGCGAGGCUGGUGGACCAGUGCCGCAGGGAAGAGGAGGACGCGGGCAGGGGAAGAUCAUUGUUAUCGCCUCCACCACCCGAGAGCCAAAGCUUAAAACAACUGAGAAUGCAUGGAAGCCCUCAGCCAAAGAAGCCAGCAAAACUGCUGCUGAUGAUGCUCAGAUUUUGAAGGUGAUGAGAGGUAUUCUCAACAAGCUCACUCCUGAAAAGUUUGGGAAGCUUGUGGAUACAGUCAAAACUAUGCCCAUCAAUACAACGGAAAGGUUAUCUGCUGUUAUUGACCUCAUAUUUGAAAAGGCUGUGGAUGAGCAAAGCUUUUCAUCGACUUACGCCCAAUUGUGCCAAGUUCUUUCAUUGAUGUCCGUUCGAGGGAAUGGCAAUGAAGCUAAUUCUGGCAAGCAGCAGGAGGUGAAAUUCAGGAACCUCAUAAUCAACAAAUGCCAGAAAGAGUUUGAAAAGGACAAUACAGAUGCCUUUAGAGCAGAGAAGUCAAAAGAAAUUGAUGCAUGUUCAGAUCCUGAUAAGAAAGUAGAACUAGCAGCAAAACUGAUGUAUGAAGAAACAAAAAUGAGGAAGCGGUCUGUAGGAAACAUUAGGUUUAUCGGAGAGUUGUACAAGCUGCGCAUGUUGACGUCUCCCAUCAUGAUGCGCAUCAUUGGCACGCUAUUAGAAAGAGGAGAUGAAGAGUCCUUAGAGUGCCUCUGUAAGCUUCUAACAACAAUAGGAAAGAUUCUUGAAGCUCAGUGUGGCACACAGCAGAAGGCAAUGUCUGAGCUGGACAAGUACUUCAAGAUAAUGGAUAAGAUUGUUCAAGAACGUCAGACAGUCACCAGAGUGAGAUUCCUCAUGAUGGAUGUAAUUGACCUACGGCAAAAUCAAUGGGUGCCGAGAAGAGAGGACAACAAACCAAAGACUAAGGCUCAAGUUCAGGAGGCAAUGAAAAGAGAAGAGAUUGAGCAGCAGAUGGCGUUAGCGAAUAAUCCUGGUCGGCGGGAUGAUCGGGACAGAGAAAGGGACCGCAGACGGCCGAGAGAAAACCGUAGCUCACAGAUGUCUGACGAGGGCUGGAGUGUGGCAUCUACCAAGGGAAGGCAGUUUGACUCUGCUCGAUUGAAGACCUUCAGUAGGCCUGGUUCUGGUGUAAUGGAGCUGACGUUAAGAAGUAACUUCGGGGAUUGGGGGCGCGGCAGCUCAGGUGGUGGCUUGAAAGAUCACAAUGAAAAUAAACAGCAGGAAAGCAAUCGCUUCAAUGUACUGAUGGACAGCCCGAGUGGCAGUGCAAUUGCAGGAGACAACAGGAGAAAUGCUCCUGCAAUGGGCAGUAACCGGUUGGCUCCUGGUGGAGGGCCUGCACGGCAAGGAGGCUUUGGCAGCAAGAGUAUGCCACCUCUCAAUGACAAGGAAAGUGCCAUCUCUGCUGUCAAAAAGUUUGUUGCUCCAGACCGAAGCAAGUCAACUAGUCGUCCAGAAUCCAGAGAUAACUCUAUACCUCGAGAACCUGAACCAACGAGACAGUAUUCCCCUGUUGAUGUUGAAGCUUUCGGGAAGAUAGCCAUCGCGAUCAUAGAUGAAUAUACACAUAACAGUGAUCCUGAGGAAGCAAAAUUGUGUGUGAAGGAGAAGUUUACUCCUUCAACAGUCAAGUAUUUUGUACAGUUUUCAUUGGAAUGGGUUCUUGAUCGUGACACCAAGCGAAGAAAAAUGGUUGGGCAGUUGUACCACGACCUCAUCCUUGAAAAACUACUGACGGUGGAUCAGCUGCUGGAAGGGUCACAAGAGUGUCUAAGUAUGGUGGAGGACUUUGAAAUUGAUAUUCCACAAGUUUGUGAAUACCUGGGUGAAGUGUUUGCUCCCUGCCUCAAUGACAGUGCUGUGUCCAUACACAGAUUAAUAGAUUUGGCCCAGUGUGCUGGAAACAGGAAGGAGCAUAUAUUUGCUUGGAUUUUGUCCAAAGCAGCAAUGAUCAUGAGUCCAAACAAGGUGUCUGAUCUGUGGAAUUCAUCUGGUCUCAGCUGGUCUUCCAUAGUACCCCAGAGUACCAACUUGGAAGAAUUCCUGGCCAAACACCAAGUGGAGUUCACUAUGGACAAAAAUAAGACUGGGAACCAGAGUGGCUGGAACCCUCAGAAGGUGGAGGCAGAGUUCCUUAAGCUGUUCAAGAGAGCAUCAAAUGACGAAAUCUUUGGAUGGAUUGAGGCAAACAUUGGAAAUGAUGCCAAGAGCAGCAAAUUCAUUCGUGCCUUGGUCACCGCCUUAGUGGAGAGUCAAGCUGCAACUUCAAAUGAUGGUUCUUCUAUUCGUGUGUGUGAGGACUUUGAAGAGAAAAUGAAGAACCGCCUGGCUGUGGUGCUGAAGUAUGUUGAUGGAAAUGAAAUUUUGGAGAUGCAGUGUAUCUAUGCCCUCCAAGCCCUAUGUGUUAAGCAUCAAUAUCCUCAAGGUCUCCUCGAAAAAUGCUUCAAUGCUUUUUAUGACUCUGAAGUAGUGUCAGAAGAGGCCUUUGAAGAGUGGGUCAACUCCAAGGACCCCGAGGAGCAAGAGGGUAAAGGAGUGUGCAUUACCUCUGUCCAGAACUUCAUGCGCUGGCUCAAGGAGGCUGAUGAAGAAGGAUAGACUUCUGAUCAUAUGCCCCUCUUACCUCCUCAAUUCUUCCUUAAUGGUGUUAAUAGGAACCAUGGCUUUGUUACUGAUAAAGAAUAUAUUAUGAAAGAAUUUGAAAUAAAAAAAAUGGAGCCAAACAUUUAGAUAUUUGUGAUUUUACUACAGCUACUAGUGUCUUGAGCCUGGCACGAAAGGCAGAUCUUUCAAAGGCUUCCUACUUUUUUGUUGGAAUGAAGUGUGCUAAUGCUGGUAGUCUGUCGGCCGUCUUUCUCUCACACUGAGGGCCACACUGCCGGCCGACGCCGUGUACAUGCAAGAGUAAACCUUAAGCUUGUUUAUGCUGCCUCUUCCUUUUCUUUAUUUAUUUUCUAUGUAAAAAGUGCACAUGGAAAGAGUAACAAUGUUAAGUGGAAGUGCAGAUGGUUUUGUAAUCUUUGCUAGGGUGAGAAUUGGUUGCAUAUUAUUGUUAUUGUGUUAUAGCAUAGUAAAAUGAGAAUUGCAUUCCCUACACUUCCAAGAUAUUGAGUGAUUGUAUAGAAAAAUAUAUGCAUUUAGAUACUUGAAAAGCUCAGUUACUUGUUUACAGCUUGGCUCCUCAUAAGUUUUGUAAUUAUGGCUCAAAUUCUGUGAUUUAUUUUGUAUAUUUAUAUAUAUAUAGUUAAAGUCAUGUACAGACCCGAGCAUGUGCCUAAGGCUGGAGGAUAUGCUUGCUGGCUGCUGUCAACUCCCAUGAACUCCUCUGCUACUCAGGGAUGUUGACACAGUUUGUUGAAUUUAAUAUGCAAAAUGUGACAUUUGCAACCACGGCAAGUCGCUGUGUGUCCCAUCAAGGGCUUGCUAAUCUGCUAGUUGUUAUAACGAGUCAGACGAGCUCUGCCCUGUGCCCCGGACGUGUGACCUCUCAUGGUGUAAGGUGCCAUGACUCGACAAACUCAAGUUCAUUCUCAGUUGAUAACUCUUGCGCUGUGCUGUCCCAUUUUUUGCUGCUACUGAGCUUUGCUACACCUAGAGGAUGCCCCACUUGAGCCAUAGUUUUGUGCAGGGGAUGUGUUUCUUCAGAACUUGACUGGACUGACUCCUGACCUUGUGCUAAUUUUUUGAUGGGCACAGGAUAGAGUUCCACUUCUUGUUUCGUUAAUGCGUUAUUAUAAGCAGAAGGAAAACUGGGGUUAUAUUUAAGAUGAAGUGCUAUAAAUUAAUAUUGUAAACCAUAUCGCCUCUGAAAAUAAAUUUAAUAUUUAC